UCGGCUGAGAUACGAGGGGUAGAGGGGACGCCGCGACAAGGUGCGCGCGCGCAUCUUGGCGGCUUCGCUACCGUCACGGUCCAAGGACUGUAUCUACCGCUGGUACUCUAGGUGCCCCGAUUCGAAGAAAUUGCGAGCAGAAUUGCGCGUGUACUUACGCCCCCUUUCCCUUCCCUAGAGAUUAGCGAGCGAUGACGAAAGAUAAUUAGAGAAGAUUCCUCCGGUGCACGAUUUAGUAGCACGCAACUGCGCGGAGGAUUCAUCGACGAAGACACGCGCGCAUCCUCGCAGCAGGAGUCUCUCUCUCCCGGGUCGUGCCCGAUGGUGUCGAUCGUGGCGCCAGAGCGUCAGCAUCAGCGCCACGAACGACGUCGUGGGAGGUGAUAGAGCCGGCGGCAGCGCGGUGACGCGAGUGGUUGGUAACAGAGACGCUGUUCGCGCAAAUACGCUCCUGCGCAGUAGCUUCUCCCACCACUGCGUCCCUUCCCGCUACGCGGCCAGUCGGUUCCUUGUUUGCCAUACAAAAUCCAAUAGUUUGCCUUGUACCACUGAGGGUGUGCGGUCGAACGAUUUUGCGUGCGCGGAAAAGUGCGGCGAGUCUACCGUCCGGAUACGUCUCUCUCUCAAGCUCGCACUUGCAUGCAAAAAUGCACAUUAUCCUGCGUUUGUUUACCCACACGACGAGAUUCCGCUGAGAGAGUUGAUCUCUCUGGCGCGCUGCGCGCCUGUACAUUCGUGGCAGCGAGAACACGGUGAAUUCCGACCGGCCCGUUGUCGAUUUUUUGGUCGUGAAAAAAUAACGAAGGAGAGCGAGAAAGAUAGAACGGCGCGGGAGAGGCAGAAAUUGUACGACGGAGGGAGGAGGAUCCGAGUGUGUGAGAAGAAAGAGAGUGAGAAAGGAAGAAAGAGAGCGGAACAAGAAAGAGGGAGUGAGAGCGUGAAAAAGAGGGAGCGCGAACGGAAGAGGAACAGAGAGGCACUCUAAGGUAGAGAGAAAGAGAGCUUUUGUAGUCGAUUAUACGCCGUCGAGAGACACGAGGGAAGAAAUUGCCGAGGGAGUACGAGAGAGCAAAAGGUGCCUCCUCUCGAUACGGUACUCUGCAAUACUGUGUUGUGCGGCGCGACGACGCGGAGGAAGUGAUCGGACGUACAUUACUCGUCGUCGGAGGCCGCUCAGGGAAUGCGUUAUGUAUUUACGUGGAAUAUUGCGUAACGUACGAGGGGCCGGGUAACGUGUUUGGAAACGCGCGCGCGGCGAAUCUCUCUCUUCGUCGCAAACCACUGUGUGGCGCGCAUACAUAGACACAUAUACUCUCGGGACGGGGAGGAUUGAGCGCGGGCGUCCGUGCGACCUGGCUGUACCGGCGCAAGUUUCGCGCGUGCAUACGCAGCAGGAAUCCAACCCGGCCGAUCGAAAGUUUCGGGGGAGAUAGAGGAGACGCCAGUGCACAACUCGCGGCGAGAACCAAGGGACGUAUCACGAUCUCGACGCCACCACUACCACCACUUGUUCCCCUCGUCGCGCUUCCGCGACGCGACUACGUGGGACACUCGGAACUUCUUCUCAGAUGGAAAUUGUGUAUCCAAUGUGAUUUGCAAUGAAACGUGUUCGUGGGCUGGACGACGUAGCAUCACCAGCAGCAGCGACGUUAAAGCACUCAUCGGUGAGUGCGGCGAGUGGCUUAGGAAGUGGUGGAGGUCUCGAAUAUCACACCAGUAGUGGGAUCGGCGUUGUCGUGCCUGGUCAAGCUGUUCGAUCCGUCGCAUCUAAAGAAAUGCCAGGAAGUAUACAAUUUGGUACCGCUCAACAAGCCCAACAACAGUACACCAGUGCGAUUGUUGUGCCAUCCGCUGCAUCGACCUCCAUCAAGGCAAGCGGCUCUGCUGGGGGAGGACUCGGCUCUACAUGUGGCGGUAGCAGCAUAAAUACCAGCGGUGGCUUGCACAGUGGAAUAGGUAGCGGAAAUAGCCAUAACAUGGGUUCUCAGCAACCUACAUCAGGUCCGCAAAAUCAAGUUCACACGCAACCACAGUCGACAAUAAGGCAUAAGGUACAUUCAGGUAAUGUGACACCCCUUUCCUCCACACCGCCUGGCUCUAGCCUAGGAGGUGGAAGUGGACCUCAACAAUUCCAGAGAUUAAAAGUAGAAGAUGCGUUAUCUUACCUGGAUCAGGUGAAAUUCAAAUUCAGCGAUCAACCACAGGUGUACAAUGACUUCUUAGAUAUCAUGAAGGAAUUUAAGUCGCAAAGUAUAGAUACCCCAGGCGUUAUAACCCGAGUGAGUCAUCUGUUCAAAGGACAUCCUGAACUCAUUGUUGGCUUCAACACGUUUCUUCCACCAGGCUAUAAGAUAGAAGUGCAAGCGAACGAACAAGGAUACGCCUUCCAAGUGUCUGUCAGUAUGCCUAGUCCAACGGCGACGCACACUGCUACGUUAUCGCAGCAUCACUGUACGGUGAAUGUCGGCUCACCCCCUGUGGCUAGCCCACCCACUCAGCCUGCGAAAGCACCCCCGGUUUUACAGAUAAUGCAAGGGUCGGGCAGCAUACAUCAUACUUUGGCAAACAGUAUUACAACCAACAGUUUGACCGUUCACGCGCCUUCGCCACCGCCAGUACCGGCGGCGGCGGUGUACAACAACUCGCACGUUAGCACCGCACAGGCGCAAGCUGUCAGCCAGGCCCUGAGCCAAGCGGAUGGCUCGGUAACGAAUAGCGGGCAAACGCAACAAAAUCAACCGGUCGAAUUCAAUCAUGCGAUAAACUAUGUCAAUAAAAUCAAGAAUCGGUUCCAAGGACAACCGGACAAAUACAAACGUUUCUUGGAAAUACUGCACACGUAUCAGAAAGAACAGCGGAAUUUAAAGGAGUCAGGCCACAUGGGAGGCACGAGUUCCGGUGGCUAUGGUACGGCUGGUGGUGGGAAACACUUGACUGAAGCGGAAGUUUACAGUCAGGUUGCAAAAUUGUUUGAAAAUCAGGAAGACUUGCUCGCAGAGUUUGGACAAUUUUUGCCAGAUGCCACUAAUCAGCAAAGUUCACUGUCCGCUAUGUUUCAGACUAACAAGACGACAUCGGUCAAUGAUCACGCGGCGAUUGUUAAAAAACCGAUCGGACUGAAAACGUCGUACAACAACUCGGGAACCAUCUCGAGAGAUCUUCGAGAAUCCAGCGGCACGACCGGCGGCGGCAGCUCUUUGGAACGCGACGGUCGGGAUCAUAGGGACGGUCGGGAACGGGAUAGAUCGAGCAUCCGAGAUGUUAAUAGCAGCGGUCAGAAAAGCGGGCACAGUAUGGGACAGUUAAAGAGGAGUCCGUCGUUCUCGACUUCGGUAGCGGGAGGUAAUUCUCAUCAUCUGCAGCACGGGCCGCCACCUUUGAAGAAGCACAAGGUUGCUUCGAUGCGUGACGUUACCAUCGCGGAAGCUGGAAAAUAUGGUACAUUGAACGACUACGCUUUCUUCGACAAGGUUCGAAAGGCGUUCAAGUCGCAAGAAGUCUACGACAAUUUUCUUCGGUGCCUUGUACUUUAUAAUCAAGAGAUAGUGUCAAAGUCGGAGCUUAUUCUGCUGGUAACGCCGUUCCUCGGUCGUUUUCCCGAUCUGUUCCGUUGGUUCAAGGAUUUUCUCGGUCACUUGACCGACUCGUCCACUACUGCGACGACGAAUGCGAGUAGCGCGACAGGAGUGGAAACCUUUCCGAACAAUGUCGUGCGGAGCCACCAGGAGCGGCCGCAAGGUGAUCUAGCGAUCGAGAUCGAUUAUAACGCGUGCAAGCGAUUAGGAGCGUCGUACUGCGCUUUGCCAAAGUCGUACGUUCAACCAAAGUGUACCGGCAGGACGCAACUUUGUAAAGAAGUACUCAAUGAUACCUGGGUGUCCUUUCCAACCUGGUCCGAGGAUAGCACGUUUGUAACGUCCAGGAAAACUCAAUAUGAAGAAAGCAUAUAUCGAUGCGAGGACGAGCGUUUCGAGCUGGACGGUGUGAUAGAAACUAACGCGUCGACGAUCCGAGUACUCGAGGGUGUCCACAAGAAGAUGAGCAGGAUGAGCCAAGAAGAAUUGCAAAAGUUCAAGCUCGACGAUUGCCUGGGUGGCAGCUCUCCCACGAUUCAUCAGCGGGCGUUGAAAAGGAUAUACGGUGACAAGGCUGCCGAUAUCAUAGACGGUCUCAAGAAAAACCCCGUGGUAGCUGUACCGGUCGUGCUCCGUCGGCUAAAGAGUAAGGAGGAGGAAUGGCGGGAGGCGCAAAAGGGCUUCAACAAAAUUUGGAGAGAACAAAACGAAAAGUACUAUCUGAAGUCUUUGGAUCAUCAGGGAAUUAACUUCAAACAAAACGACGUGAAGGCAUUGAGGUCCAAGAGUUUGUUCAACGAGAUCGAGACGUUGUACGACGAGCGACACGAGCAGGGUGACGAGCAAGGUAGCGGCGAUGGAAAUAGCGGUCCGCAUCUUGUGCUACCGUAUAAAGACAAGACUGUAUUAGACGAUGCCGCUAAUCUGUUGAUUCAUCAUGUCAAACGGCAAACUGCCAUCCACAAAGAGGACAAGCAGCGCAUCAAACUUCUGUUGAAGCAUUUCAUACCCGAUCUCUUUUUCUACAGACGACAAGAACUCAGCGAUGACGAGAGGGACGACGACGACGAGAAGGAAGAUAUAAACGUGGCAACGUAUAACAAUUCUCAGUCCACGACAACCGGGGUGUUGGGUACUGCUGCUGCUGCCGCCGCAGCCGCUGCUGCCGCCGCCGCUGCUGCUGCCGCUACUAUUACUACUACGACAGCUGCUACAGGUAGUCUGCAGGCUAACAGGACCAAGGCUCCUGUAUCGCCGAAUAUGUCUUCCACUUUGAUCAAAAGUGAACCCGAUGUCAAAGUACCCAUUCAUGCUCUCUCCAAUGAUCCUGAAGAGGCGUACACGCUUUUCAUGAGCAGUAAUAAUUGGUACCUCUUCUUGAGGCUACAUCACAUACUGUGCGAGAGAUUAACGAAAAUGUGCGAGAGAGCAAGCGCUCUCGUCGAAGAGGAGUCCAAGUACAAGCAGCAACGAAAGGAGAGCACGGCGGUUGCUCUUAGGCUGAAACCGAAAAGUGAAAUUGAAGUCGAGGAAUAUUAUUCAGCUUUUCUGGAUAUGGUUAAGAAUGUUCUCGACGGAAAUAUGGAAAGCACAGCGUACGAGGACACGUUACGAGAGAUGUUCGGUAUACAUGCCUAUAUUGCCUUUACUCUCGAUAAGGUCGUAACGUACGCGGUGAGACAAUUGCAACACUUGGUCUCGGAUCCUAUAUGUCAACAAUGUAUGGAAUUGUUUCAAAGGGAGCAACGUCAGCCUAAAGAGAGCAACGGAGCCGGCGGAUUGUGUGCUACUGCGUAUAUGAGAUUAGGGGCUGAGUUGUCUUAUCAGCGUAAAGCGGAAAAGACAAUGGCGGAUGAAAAUUGUUUCAAGAUAUACAUAUACAAGAAAGACUGUAAAAUGACGAUGGAGUUGUUAGAUACAGAAGGCGACGAAACGAUAGAUAGCGGCUGUAGAGAGAGAGAAAGGGAAGGUGUCACAGACUCUGAAAAAUGGACGACAUACGUUGAGAAAUAUUCCGCACCAGCUGGUCAGACUAGUCCAAAAGAUACUCCUGCCUUAACAGAGAAUGAGCCGACGACCAAUCAUCCUGUGAGUAGCGACCAGGCAGCAAGGGGGGGGAGGGGCAGAAAACGCAAGAACACAGACAUUAGCAAGAAGAUUGACGGAAAUGGCUGGAGCUGUUUAGGCAGAAUUUCGGCAGGGCGCAAACCCGUUUUUCUGUAUCGUAAUAUUAGGCAGUGGCGAAAAAGAGCCGCAAGAUUAACCAGAACAUCUCUAUCUAAUACUAAUCAGCCGGAGAAAAUAAUAGAGUCGACCGACAAAGAGAAGUCACUGGACAACGUAGCACUUUUAAAGAGGCCUCCUACUUUAAGAUUAGCUGAUGCGACUGAUGCUCCAGACAUUAUCAAUUCCGACGAGACGCAAUGUAGAUUUAACCCCAACAGCUAUCACAUGCUUUACGUCGCUAGUAAGGAAGCGUUCCUUUACAAACGGAACUCGUUUAACCGUGCUAGACAGUGCCAUCCAUCUGUAACAAAACGUCUCAAUGGCAUGUUCCAUCGUUGGCUCGCGUCAUGGGCAUCCAAGAAUGUCGCGGAUAUCCAGCAUCGAAUGUGUCAAGAUUGGCUUAUGGGACGUUAUGAAAACUUGAUUCCCCACAGGACACGAGUGAUAACGGACAACGAUCAGACACGUUCUCCUUAUCGGCAGUAUAAUCGUUACCGAGUGGAACGUCUGCAGUCUGAUCUGUUGACAGACCCGUGUGUUUAAUCCUACUCGUUGCCGUUAAUCUUUGUAUUAUUUGUGUAAUUAUCGUUCAUCAGCGACAACUUUUUCUAAUUGAAAAAGUGCUAAAAAAUAAAAUGAUCGGACAAAACUCAGUUACAUUUCAGUGUUCUGAGAGAGAGGCAAGGGAAGGAGAGAGAGAAUACGGCACAUCGGCUCUUUUAUAGAGCGUAAUCGGUCAAUGACCGUCCAUAUUUUAUUACAUGCUAUAUCUCGCAUUACACUUUGAUGGAGUUUUAUUCUUCGUUGACGCGAUACAGGUCGAUUAAAAACGUAUCGCGUGAUUUCGUAUUAUUUCACUUUAUCACGAUUCAAAAUCAUUCAGUUCACUGAAUAAUUUUCCGAAAACUACUCCAGUCACGAGUUCGUUUCAUUCACUAUCGAAAUUAAUUAAGUCAAUAUAUUAUGCGAUCAAAAGAUUCUCAUCGCGCGAAAGCGCGUCUUUGCAUCCUUCUUUGUAUAUUUGAUACUUGAUUAACCCGUCGGUUGUUUUUUUUUCCUCUCCAGCUUGUUGCUAAUCAAGCUACAACUUGACAUUUCUCGUUAUAUGACGAAACGCAUCUGUAUGUAUAUAUUUGUACCUAUAUGCAUCUGUACAGAUUCGCAAUCACACGUGUACAUACAGAUUUAUAUAUAAAUACAGUACAAAGAAAGCUUCGAAUCUUCGUAUUUGGUCUUCGGACUCUAACAUAAAAACUAGUCGAAACUUCAGAGACGAUAACUUUCUCGAAUAAUACAAUAGAGUCCGAGUAUAUUGAAAGUUUUACAUGGCGCAAAUUGGAAAGUCAUUGACCUAGCACGCGUGAGGAUUGAUUGUGUGGACGUAUCGAACUACAUUAAUAUAUCAAAAUAUUUACUGGUUUUAAAUGCAGCAUUGAGUUUCUCUUUACAGCUGAUUGUCGGUCACGAAUAAUUAGCGUGUUGUUAUUUUUGUCAAUCGUGCGUUUAAUGCCGCUUCCUGUGUGGCAGAAUAAAAAGAAGAAAAUAAUUUUGGAAGCAAGCAUACAUGGAUGGCAAAGUAACCGUUCUACGAUACUGAUUUGCGAAACUAAUAUAAUAUAUGUGGCAUGAGUUCGAUUUAUUCGCGCGGCCAGGUUUCUUUUAGAACGCUUAAUGAGAAUAGUGUCCAAAUAAUAUUCACGUGUUACGACGUGAGCACAAAUCGGUAUGGUAACUAUAUAUAUAUAUAUGCAUAUAUAUAUAUAGUAGAAAAAAAAAAUAUAUAUAUAUAUAUAUAUUUCUAUAUGGAGUCUCGUCCUCCCAGCUUUGUCGUUCGUACGGUAAGGCGUUAAACAGGAUAAAAUAAUAAAAUUAUAAGUUAUAAUCUAGCAUUUUAUGUAGUUUGUAGUACAUUACACAACAACAUCGCAACUAUGAAUUAUUACAAUAUCAUGAUUGUAUAUUUAUUAAGGCAUUUCCUCGUAAGUGAAAUAAAUGGAGAAUAAGUCACAGAGAGAGAGAGAGAGAGAGAGAGAGAAUGAGUGAGUGAGUGAGUGAGUGAGUGAGUGAGUGAGUGAGUGAGUGAGGAAAAAGUGUGUGUGUAUGUGUAUGGUGCACGCGCAUGUAUGAAAGGCAGAUAGACGCGUUCUUCUGCGCGCGAUGUCUGAUCACUUCUGACUAUAUUACUGUAUUUUACGAGAAAAUCGCGCUAAUUCUUUAAAAAUAUAUUCAUCUAUCAAAAAUAAAUGUACAGACAAUUUUAUUACUCGAGAUAAUAAUUUAAUGUUGAUAUAUUUUGCACAAAUCAUUACUCUAAUAUUAAUAAACUAUUAAUAUUAAAAGA